AUUAACCUGAAGCUGCGGGCGUGCUCCUCAGCCCUACUCUAGCCAAACUUGCGGCUGCGUCACGUCAGUGAGAAACAUCCCAGGAUGCAGCUUAGAAACCUCAGGAGUUGCCAUCGCCGCCCUUUAAAAACUUGAGUCCACCGGGGGGUGAGGGGCCUCUGGAUCUGCUUUCAGCGCUUACCUUUCACCUGCGCACUCCGCUCUCCCUCCCCCCUUUCGUGUUCGCGUCUGUGAAGUCUGGGACCGGGGGCGCUCUGACCCACCUCCCGGGCGACCGGUGGCUCUGCUCGGCCCCCCCGUCUCCGUCCAGCUCUUCUCCCUUCCCCGCUUCCCUUCUUGGUAAGCAGUUCCUCCCCUUCCCCGCUGGCUCUUUCCUUCUUUUUCUUUCUCAUUUUCUCCUCCUCUCUCCUUUCGAGUGUCAGUUUUUGUCUGGGGGGAGGGAAGCGCAUUGGAAGGUUCCCCCUUUUUGGAGCCGCGGUGAUACCAUCCCCACGUCUGCCUGCUCCUUCAUGGCUGGGAGCGAAUGGGACUGGUUUCAGCGGGAGGAGCUGAUCGGACAGAUUAGCGACAUCAGAGUCCAAAAUCUGCAAGUGGAGAGGGAAAAUGUGCAGAAAAGGACUUUCACCCGGUGGAUUAAUUUACACUUGGAAAAGUGUAGCCCUCCUCUGGAAGUUAAAGAUUUGCUGGUUGAUAUUAAAGAUGGCAAAAUUCUGAUGGCAUUAUUGGAAGUGCUAUCUGGACAGAAUCUGCUGCACGAGUACAAGCCCUCGACCCAUCGUAUUUUUCGACUGAACAAUAUUGCAAAAGCCCUUAAGUUUUUGGAGGACAGCAAUGUAAAGCUGGUUAGCAUUGAUGCAUCUGAAAUAGCAGAUGGGAACUCCUCCAUGGUACUGGGCCUGAUAUGGAACAUAAUCCUGUUUUUUCAGAUUAAGGAACUUACAGGCAACCUCAAUAGGAAUUCCUCCUCAUCUAGCCUGUCAUCAGGGCCCAGUGGCCCUGAUUCGGACACGUCUCAUCCCAGCACACCUAAUGUUGAGAGAAACAUGUCUGUUUCAGUGAAGGAUCAGCGAAAAGCAAUCAAGGCUCUUUUAACUUGGGUUCAAAGGAAAACUAGAAAAUAUGGUGUUGCAAUUCAGGACUUUACCAGCAGUUGGAGAAGUGGCCUCGCCUUCUUAGCUGUAAUCAAAGCAAUAGAUUCUAGCUUGGUAGAUAUGAAGCAAGCUUUGGAGAAAUCUCCCAGGGAAAACUUAGAGGAUGCAUUCUGUACUGCACAAGACCAUCUGGGUAUUCCAAGGCUCCUGGAACCAGAAGACAUUAUGGUUGAUUCACCUGAUGAGCAGUCCAUCAUGACUUAUGUGGCACAGUUUUUGGAGCAUUUCCCAGAACUGGAAGGGGAAGAUUUUUCAGAUCUGGACAAGGAAUUUCCAAUUGAAUCUGCUUAUGUCCAUAUCAAAGAGAUACCAGGGGAGGAAAAACAAGAAAAAGUGUUACUCCUGAAUGAAAAUGGGGAACACAUUUCUCACAUAGUAGGAAGCCAAUCACCAUCCCCCCCAAUCGAUGCUCUUGCUUUGCCUCUUCAUGAGGAGAAUCAAAAUUUCCAUACAACAAGUGAAGAACCUAAUGACAGCCUAGAUGAUCAUAUGGAUUCUUCUACAGAACAACCUCAGAGGCCUAGCUCAUUGCCAGUAACAGGUUUUCAGAUGAGUCCGAUUGCUAAUAAUCUUGCCAAUAAUGUAACCCAAUCUGAAGGAAAUCAACUGAAUGUGUCUGAUUCAGUAAAGAGCGAUGACCUCCCAUCAACUGUUCUUACUUACCGCAACGAUUCUGUUGAGCCAGUUGACUCUGAUGAAUUUCACUCAGAUAUGCAGAAACCAUCCAGUGAAACAAAAGAAUCAUCUGAGAGUAAGAUUUGCUCCUUGCCUUGGACUCCCCAUUCAUCUAAAAAUGUACCGGAAGAUCUGACAAAUGAACCUGAGUAUGAAAUUCCAGGUUUUGUAGAACAAGAGACUGCACAGAAAUACAUAUUACAGAUGUUGAACCAGGAAAUAUCUAAGCUUCCAGAAAACGAUGAAUCUGCAGAACAAGCAUCUAACAUCAAGGAAAUCCCAGCUACUAAUCAGGAAAUUGAUGAACAUGACUUUAAAGAUAAUUCAGAGGGAUCUUGUACAUCUGAAUAUUUUUCUCAACCAAUUAGUAAUACUUCCAGAAACCUUAAUAUUGCUAGUGAAGAAGAACCAAUGAUGACACCAAAUUCUUCUAAAAUUUCCAUAAUUCCUCAUGACCUUUUCUAUUUUCCACAUUAUGAUGUCCCCAUAUCAGCAGUGCUGGAUGCCUUUGCUACCUCCACCUCCGAUACAGAUCUUUCCCUUUUAGAAAACAACAAAAUCUGCUCAGAAAUUCUAGUGAAUUGUUUGACUGAAAAUGAGUCCCUUAGCCUAAGCACUGAAGGGGAUAUUCCCAAGCUAGAUCUACAGAGCAGUAUGAAGGAUGUGCCAAAAAAGAUGGAUGAUAAAAGCCCGAGAAAGCAGAAAAGAAAUUCCCAUAGUCAUACCAAAUGUUCCUUUAACAAGGCUGCUGUGGUGGGGAAAAAUACAUCGCCCCAAAAGAGCAGCAAUAUGGCUACUACUCAGAAUGAUUCCGCACACCCAGAUGUUCCUGUGAUCAUGGCAAACCAAUCUGAUACUGCAGCUGAAGAAAGGAAACUGCCAGAAGAAAGAAGUAAAAGGAAAGAAAAAAGGAAGAACAAAGCAAUCUUCCAAGGAGAAAGUACCCAGAGUUCAAAACCUGGCUUUACCCGGUUAUUAGAUAAGCUGGAAGAAGAAUCUAUAGACCAUCAGGGUCUGUCAAGGAUCAGCCACAGUGAUCCCAAUGUUGUUUUCCAAAUAAAUACUACUGAUUCAGCAAGUAAGGAAAGUGGCAGCACUGAUGUACAAAAGAGCACAAUCAUAAGUGAAUACACAAGUCCUGCUAUCAGGAAGAGGAAAGACCUUGAAGAGGAAGACGUUCCAGAGAAGGAGGCUCUAUAUAACAGCUCUUCACGGACGGACCAACCUGAGCUGUUUUACUUCAUUAUUUUCCUCUGGGUACUGGUUUAUUGCUUAUUACUCCUUCCACAGCUUGUUAGCAGCCCCCUCUGAUCUCUGUGAAUGCAUCAGAGUAAUAAAAGCAGCUCAAAGUUUA